AUGUUGCCUCAGGCGGAGUUACGCACGGACUCCGAGAUCCUGACGCUGACGCGAGAAGAUCUGCAUGAACUGUUCCCCGGACCUCAGCACUUCAAGCUGAGGAGGACCCUCUAUGACAUCAUCCACAAACAGCCGAUUGCUGAACAGCUCCUGAAAAAACUGAAGGGGUUCCUCCCACGUGAAUCUGUCAUGGCUGCUCUGACUAACAACGGGGUCCUGGUUGAUUACCUCCAAAUGCUGAAGGACACGAAGACCCAAGUGAAUUCCAUCCAGAGUUUCCUGGAUGCUCACAUCGGCCUUCUGGAAGAAUUCAUCGCAGAUCAGCCGGACAGCGGCCAAACCGACGGCUGUUCACAAGAAGCAGGAGGUUUGGGUACCUCAGAUGCCUUUGGUCAAAACUUUAAACAAAUUGGCCCCACUGGUCCCCAGGAACCACAAAGUUUGGGUACCUCAGAUGCCUUUGGUCAAAACUUUAAACAAAUUGGCCCCACUGGUCCCCAGGAACCACAAAGUUUGGGUACCUCAGAUGCCAUUGGUCCAAACUUGAAACAAAGUGGCCCCACUGGUCCCCAGGAACCACAAAAGCAUCACUCAGAUGCAAGUGUUUCAGUCCCGGCUGGCCAAAGAGAUGGCUUUCAAUACGGUUUGGGUACCUCAGAUGCCUUUGGUCCAAACGUUAAACAAAUUGGCCCCACUGGUCCCCAGGAACCACAAAGUUUGGGUACCUCAGAUGCCAUUGGUCAAAACUUUAAACAAAUUGGCCCCACUGGUCCCCAGGAACCACAAAGAAAAUAUCACUUUCACUUUCUUCCUCUUCAUAUUUUCAUUCGGAGUCAGUAAUUGCAUUUUGCCGUUUU